AUGUACUUGUUAAGCAGGAGCAUCACCCGAGCAAUCCCAUCUUUGCGAACUAUCUCGAGACAGAAAAUACCCAUCUCUGCCCUGAGUACCUCGCGCCAAGUUCCUACACGAUCUUUCUCAAGAACAGCCAAAAUGUCGAACCAGGCCGCCCCCCUCUUGGAGCUCGUCAAGGCUCGGCGAACCUACUAUGCCCUCAACAAGGAGCUUACCAUCAGCACCGACCGCAUUCAGGAGAUCAUCAAAGAGGGUCUCCUCCACGUCCCAAGCAGCUUCAACUCCCAGAGCAACCGAGUCGUUGUCCUGUUUGGUGCUGAGCAUGAGAAGUUCUGGGACAUCACCACCGACGUCUUGAAGACCGUCGUCCCUCCUGAGAACUGGGAACCCACUGGGGCUAAGAUGGCCAUGUUCAGGGCUGCCGCUGGAAGUGUACUCUUCUUCGAAGACCAAGAGGUUGUCGAGGGCAUGCAGGCCAAGUUCGCCCUCUAUGCCGACAAGUUCCCCAUCUUCGCCACGCAGUCCGACGCGAUGCUCCAGUACACUCUCUGGACGGCGUUCGAGGCUGAGGGUCUCGGCGCCAACCUGCAGCACUACAACCCCCUCGUCGACGGCAAGGUCGCCCAGGAGUGGAAGUUGCCUUCCAGCUGGAGACUGAAUGCCCAGCUCGUGUUUGGCGGGCGGGCGGCCGAGCCCGGCGAGAAGACCUUCAUGCCGAUCGAGGACAGGUUCAAGGCCUUCGGCGCCUAG